AUGGUCGUGGUGGUUGGUGAUGGCGAUGUAAAAUAUGGUAAUGGUGGCAGUAGACGGUCAUGGCAAGAUGAUGGUUGUGUUGUUGAUUAUGGUGAUGGUGAGAUGGUGGAGGUUGUUGUGGCAUGGAAGCACUCUCCAGUUCUUAACUCCAAUCCGGAGAAAACCCUUUUGCCAAAGCUUGAGUUUUUCGCUUCUCUUGGACUUUCAGAGGGGGACCUUGCAAAAACUCUCGCAUAUGAACCAAAUCUUUUGUUUACGAGCUUGGAGAAACGGAUUGCACCCACUUAUGAUUUCCUUAGGAGUCUGCUUUCUCAGAAAAAUGUCGUUUCCGUUUUAAGGUGCGGCUCGUGGAUUUUCACUGAAGGCCACUCCAAGAAGGUGGCGCCAAAUAUUGAGGUUUUGAGAGAUUCUGGUAUUCCCCAAUCCUGCAUUUCUGUGUUGCUUGCUUAUCACCCCAAGGUUUUUAUGCGAAAGCCUAAAGAGCUUGGUGAACUUGUGGAUGAGGUUAAGCAAAUGGGUUUUAAUCUGCAAAAAUCAAAUUCGGUAAUCGCAAUAUACGCAUUGUGUGGUAACAAUAGGUCUGUAUGGAAUCGAAGUCGCCAACUUUAUAAGAGGUGGGGUUGGUCUGAGGAUGAUGUUCUCUCUGCUUUUAGGCGGAACCCGCGCUGUAUGACUAUGUCGGAGAACAAACUAAUGCUAGCAAUGGAUUUUUUAGUGAACGAGAUGGGGUGGUCUUAA